AUGCUGUCACACUCCUCCUCAAACCCCCCCCUCCCCUCUUUCUCUCUUUUCUCCGCAUCCCUCCGUCCCUUCCUCCCCCUCUCUUCCCCCUUUUCCCCCUUUCUCUCCCCCCCCUCCCCUCGUUCUCCCCCCUUCCUCCCCCUUACCCUUUUCAGGUUCUGCAAGAUCCGGCAGGCGGGCAGUGGCAAGGAGAUGAAGUCGAGUGUUCUGCAAGAUCCGGCAGGCGGGCAGUGGAAGGAGAUGAAGUCGAGUUCUGCAAGAUCCGGCAGGGCGGGCAGCGGCAAGGAGAUGAAGGCGAAAGGGCCCAAGGAGAAGAAGCUUGUACUCACUACAGAGGACCUCGCUGCUGCAUUGAAAGAGGUGAGUUCAUACUUAAUGGCAACAUAUAGCUUCAUUGCAAGGUUGGAGUAA